CGCUUUUAUAAACGCUGCGCCAGCAGAAACGCAGAGACGCGUAUUGUGCUCGCUCGCUCGCUCGUCAAGGCGCACCAACUUACAGAGCUCGAUCAAACGAUUAUUCUAGCUUGUAUACUGCUCUGUUGUCCUCUGUUGAGUUUCGAGCCUGCAUUAACUCUAUCUCCUCUUACAUUCCUUAUUUAUUUAAACUUGUUAAACUAUGAUUUGGGUAAAUCUCUUCUGCAUCUGCGUCUUGAUUACAUCGUUGCAAGCCGAUGCGCGGCUCAGCAAACGCUACGCGGUCGGCGGCUGUCCGAAUCACUGUGAUAAGUCCAUGUGUCCGGCGAUGCCGAAGGACUGUCCGACGGGGCAGGUGAUGGAUCACUGUAACUGCUGCCUGGUGUGCGCGUCCGGAGAGGGAGAGGCGUGCGGCGGCGUGGGUAAACUGGGUGACCCGGUGUGUGGAGAGGGUCUGGAGUGCUCCGUCACCGGAGGAGUGGGGUACUCUGCUACCGUCAGGAGGAGAGGGAAAAGUGGGCUCUGCGUGUGCAAAAGCAGCGACCCGGUGUGUGGCAGUGAUGGUGUCUCGUAUCGGAACAUCUGCGAGCUGAAGCGUGUCAGUAACCGUGCGCAGAGCCUGCAGCAGCCGCCGGUGCUAUUCAUACAGCGGGGAGCGUGUGGCACGGUCCAAGACAACCCAAACAGCCUGAGAUACAAGUACAAUUUCAUUGCUGAUGUUGUAGAGAAGAUCGCCCCUGCCGUGGUUCAUAUUGAACUCUACCGCAAGAUGGUGUAUUCAAAACGAGAGAUGGCAGUGGCAAGCGGGUCAGGGUUUGUGGUGUCUGAAGAUGGUCUUAUCGUGACAAAUGCCCAUGUGGUAGCCAAUAAAAACCGGGUGAAAGUGGAACUUAAAAAUGGAGCCUCAUAUGAUGCAAAGAUCAAAGAUGUCGACGAAAAGGCAGACAUCGCCCUCAUAAAGAUUGAUCCACCGAGUGCGCUUCCAGUGCUUCUGCUCGGCCGAUCGGCUGACCUCAGACCAGGAGAAUUUGUGGUUGCCAUCGGCAGUCCAUUUUCCCUCCAGAACACGGUUACCACGGGGAUAGUAAGCACCACGCAAAGAGGGGGGAAAGAGUUGGGCCUGCGGAACUCUGAUAUGGAUUACAUUCAGACUGAUGCCAUCAUUAAUUAUGGCAACUCCGGAGGACCAUUAGUCAAUCUGGAUGGUGAGGUGAUUGGGAUCAACACUUUGAAGGUGACGGCUGGAAUCUCCUUUGCUAUUCCUUCAGACAAGAUCCGACAGUUUCUUGCUGAGUCGUAUGACAGACAGGCCAGAGGUCGAGGAACAAUAAAGAAAAGAUAUAUUGGUGUUCGAAUGAUGACCCUCACUCCUGCACUAUCCAAAGAAUUGAAAGGUCGACUGCGAGACUUCCCUGAUAUCACAUCAGGAGCCUAUGUAAUCGAGGUCAUCUCUAAAACCCCAGCUGCAGCUGGUGGCCUUAAAGAGCACGAUGUCAUUAUUUCCAUCAAUGGUCAGCGUAUAUCAACGGCAACGGAUGUAAGUGCAGCCAUCAAAAAGGACACCACUUUACGUGUGGUAGUUCGAAGAGACAACGAGGAUGUCAUCCUCACUAUCAUUCCCAUGGAGAUUGACCCUUGAACUUUGGAGUUGAUGCUCAUCAACCCCACCAAUGAACUUACUGGGUGUGUCCUCUGGCCAAUUGUCCAUGUUCUUGAAAUGACUGGCAGGGUGAAAGCUCCGCCUGAAGAUUAUAGACGCACAUGUAGAUCCAUGUUCACAUUUAUUAUUUUAAAGGAUACUACUACUGUUCACAAGUUAAGCCAUUGGACAUUAUAUUUUCCAGAUUAGAUGUUCUCUUGUGUCCAACUAUUUAAAGCGGUGCACAGCAGUUUUAAGAGUUUUUCAGAACUUGUUUUGACAUUUUUUGAUAAUUUUUUGUAAAAUAAAAUGAAAUUUUCCUCUUUUAGAAAGAUUAAAAGCCUUUUGAUAUCGAGCUUUUCUAGAGCAUACAUAAUUAAUAAUAAACAUUUCACAUGAAGGCUACUUUCACACACAAAUACUGACAUUUUGAAAGCAAACUUUUCUUUUCUUUUUUUAAACGCUGUUUACCUUGUUUUUUUUUUAUAUAAAAUAAGAAGUGUUUUUCUGGUUUCUGUGUUAUAUUUAAUGAUCCCAAGGUUAGACUUCUGUGCUUUCUAUGAGUAAAAUGCUCAGAGUUGCACCUAGCACAAUCCUCUAAAGUCAUAAACUUUGAGUGUGUCAUGUGUGGCACACAGCCUUCAGCUGGCGCUAAACUAUGGCAAGAAAGGGGCAGACGUCAGUUGAGAAUAAGCCCAGAAUAAUUGUUCAUACUGCCAGAACUUUAUACUGGUGCAUGAGCAAAUUAUUGAGAGGUUUGAUUAAUCUUCAGUCUGUUGUUUAACAAUCACUCUUGUAGAGGUAACAGUCACAUCUAAAAACAUUUAAGCAGUAUUGUGAAAACCUUGUGAAUACAGAGCUGUAUUGGGGGCCAUACCAUCUGUUGCAUGACUCCUUGUUCUACAUUCUAUACUAUUUGCAAAAGGAAUAUUUGGAAAUCUACAAUUGAUAUUUCCUAUUGACCCACUAAAUGAGAAGAUAUAAAAUAACCAUCUUAAGACAAAGGUUUCUGUGAAACAUCUAAUGUACUUUUGCACAGGAUGGUAUGUAUAUUCAGUGCACACACUCAAAACAUAUACAAAAGCUAAUAUAUGCAAUGUUAGGAUCUUUCCCAUGAGAUCAAAAGAGGCUGAGACUCGCUGAAAAGCCGUAUCUUUGUUCUUCUAAUAACCUUUAGCCGUUAUUGUAAUCUCUGGUGAACACACGCCCUCGUGUGGUCAUAGUGUGCAAAAACAAACAUGGCUAACCAUAAAUUAUUCAUACUUAUAUUAUUAUUAUUAUUUUUCCGAUUGAAUCAUUAACAUUAUCACAUUUAUAUAAUAUAACAUUAUAUAUUUACCCAAUAAACAUAUGAACAGUAUUGACCAUAUUAUGUAACUAGACAACAUUUGGCAUAUUAUUGUAAUGUGCUCCUUGCCCUAGGAUAAUAGUCUUCCCCAGCUGAGUUCGGUUCCUUCCUAACAUUUUAAGCCAGCAUGGUCAACAAGGACAAAUAAGUGUUGGUAAAGUAAAACCUUGAUAAAAACCUCCUUAUACACCCAGGUGUACUUGCUAAUUUGCGAUUACUUAGGUAGGGGGCGCUGUCAUGCUAUUAUGAGAUCACGCUGAUGACAUCUCACUCAGAGUCCGAGCAUCCCCCUGCUUAUCACAGAUGAAUCUAUUCAAUAUGGUCUUAUUGAUGUCACAUUGAUGUUAGAAAGAUGAAAGGAGAUCUUUGUGCCCACGAGUGAAUGGGAAGAGUAUACUGUGUUAAAAUAUAACCCUUGUAUCUUGUGUUCUUCACUGUUCACUGCAUUAAACUAAUGGAGUUACAAUCAAUUUGACAUAAAACAGCCCGGACACCUGAAUAUGGAAUGAUAUUCCGGACAUUAUUCAAAAGGAAUUGCAAAUUGUAUUUGCAAUUGCGUUUUCACUUUGUGGACGCAUAAAAUGUGACAUAAUCCAAACGCAAUUGCAAAUCGCGCAUUACGGUUUGCAUUUUCGUUUAAGCGAACGCACAGUGACUGCCAGAUUUCAAAUGGAAAAGCAAAGUCCGUUUGCAACUGUGUUUCCCAUAUCUUACGAGUUUUGGCCCUGUCAUAUUUAAAUAGCAAUUUCAAUUACCACGUCUGCUUUUUCACUUUCUCAGCGUCGCGUAUGUAGCCAGCCAAAACUCAAA